GCACCAAUAAAACGAGCAAAAAGUUAUUUUUGUUUCGACCGGUCCUCAAAUAGAUACUUCACAUAACCUCAGAUAAUUGUAGUUACAUUAUUACAUCAUCGCAGUUUGAACUGAGAACGGGCUAGCCUAGCGAACAACGUGUCGGUCCUUUUAGAUUAACGCGAAAAAAUUAUAUUGACCUUGUACUCAAGGCUGAACUCAUCAUUCAUCUUCGAACAGAUAUUUAUUUAGUAGGAAAUGGAAGGGAACUUUGUACCUGCGAAAAUAAUAUGUAAACAUGUUUGAUCAUCGUAGUAUAGUCAGUUUAUCACUUCCAUCGGUAGAAGCGAUGUUUAACCCGCAGUAAAUAUAUAAUUGUGUUAGUCUCUGAACAGCAAUUACCAAACGAAAUGGGGCCGAAAUCAGUGUUAGCCAUAAUUUCAUUGUUUUUAAUAGUCCACUGGGCUAAUGGUUCGAAUAUAUUGGUGAUCUUCAGUUCUGUGAGUAAAAGCCACAACGUUUUGGGUGUGAAACUUGUAGAAGGACUUCUGAAGAGGGGACAUCAUGUUACCUUUGCGAAUCCCUUUCCAACUCCACAGAUGGAGAACUUGACGGUUAUUCACAUGUCAUCGAUCAGCAAAUUUUUCACAGAUGUGACGUCAAAACCUGCACCAUUUGAGGAAGGUUUCAUGGGCAAUUUUCAACGCAUUAAUCUCUUCUUAACUUCACCAAAUGAAAUGUUUUGGAGCGAUACCAGCAUACAGAAAAUAAUCAAAGAAAAGCCGAAGUAUGAUUUGCUCAUAACACUAACCUUCUUCAACGAUGCUAUACUUGGACUUGGACAUCAUCUAGGAGUACCUACAAUAGUUUUCAAUUGUAUUGGUACCUUCACCCUGUUCAACAAUUUUGUUGCAAAUCCUACUAUGGUGUAUUCAAGGAAUGCUAUGGCUGGUUUGGCAACAGAUACAUUCUGGGGAAGACUUAAAACAGUUACUGUAAAUAUGGCGAUGGGUGCAAUUGACAUCUUUAUAGUUUCCCCGUACAAUCAAGGACUCUUGGAUAAACACCUUCCCAAUUCUCCUCCUCUGAGUGUACUACAGAAGGAAGUUUCUCUCGUUCUUGCAAGCUCACAUUACAGCAUAGAAACAGCCAGACCAUAUGUACCAAACAUGAUUCAAAUUGGUGGAUACCACGUCCAGAAUGUCAAACCUCUACCCGCUGAAUUCAAGAAAUUUUUGGACAAUGCUGAGAAAGGUGCUAUUCUCUUCUCAUUAGGAGGCAACGUGAAAGUAGCAAUGUUAGGACCGAAGAAGGUUGAAGCCAUGUUUAAAGUACUUGGAGAAUUGGCUCCGAUGAGAGUUAUAUUCAAAUCUGACAUGGAACAUGAUAAUGUACCCAAAAAUAUCAUGGUCAGGAAUUGGGUACCACAAGCUGAUAUUUUAGCACAUCCCAAAACAAGAUUGUUUAUAGCCCAUGGUGGUUUGGGAGGUGUUACAGAAAGUGUUUAUCAUGGUGUACCUAUUCUGUUUCUGCCAUUCGUUGGAGAUCAAACAACAAACUCUCAAGAAGGUAAACUAGCAGGUUAUGGAGAUAUCCUGAAACCAGAUGAUAUAACUGAAGAGACUUUCCGAGAUAAGGUCAAUAAUAUGCUCAAAGAUCCAAAAUACACAAAGAUUGUGAAAAGUCGAUCUGCUCUAAUGAAAGAACAGCCUGUGACGCCAAUGGAAAACGCGAUGUUUUGGAUCGAACAUGUCAUCAAGUAUGGGGGAGGCAAACACUUGCAGAAUCCUGGAGUGCACUUGACCUGGUACCAGUUGUACAUGGUGGAUAUUUAUAUUUUCUAUACAGUUGUUCUUCUUUUGUUACUUGUUAUAAAUAUUUAUGCUAUUAAAUUUACGAUAAGGGUUGUGAAAAAACUAUUAGGUAAGAGUAAACAACAGAAGAAACAGAAAAAAUCGUAACAAUAAACUACUUUUGAUGGUU